AUGCUCAGCAACAACAUCUAUGUGAGCAUUCUCUGCCUCGCAACUGGCACGGCGGCGGCGGCACUUGAUGCCUACAAUGUCGACCCUAACUACGUAUCCGUGUCCGGCCUGUCCAGCGGUGGCUUUAUGGCCGCACAGCUUGCGAUUGCUCACUCCGAUACUUUCUCGACAGGAUUCGGUGUGUUUGCCGGGGGCCCGUUUGACUGCGCUAGGGCUCAAACCUACACCACAUGUAUGAACAACAUGAAGCCGUCUAUCACUGCACCAACGGCCAAUAUGAAAUCAUGGAGUGGGAAUAAAAUCGCUGAUGUUUCGAAUCUCAAGGACCGCAAGGUCUACAUGCAAGUUGGUUCAGUCGAUACGACUGUUGGCCCUAGUGUGAUGGAGCAGCUGCGACAGCAGCUAUCAAAGUUUGUGAAUGAGUCUAACACUGCCUAUAUUACUACACAAGGAGCAGCUCAUACGUUUCCCACAGACUUUGAUGGAUCUGGAAACAGUCCCUGUAGCAUGGCCUUAUCACCAUAUGUUAGUAAUUGCGGGUACGAUGGUGCAGGCGCAGUCUUAAAGUGGAUAUAUGGCAGUCUAAAUGCCCGCAAUCCUGGCCCAUCGACUGGUCAAUUUAUUUCCUUUGAGCAGCAGAGCUCGUAUGGUGCUGCAGGGAUGGAUACUACGGGCUAUUUAUAUGUUCCUACAUCAUGUGUGGAUGGUUCCACGGUUUGUAAACUACAUGUGGCCCUGCAUGGCUGUCUGCAGAGUCAUGACAAAGUUGGGACCAAAUUCAUCGACAACACGGGGUAUAAUAAGUGGGCUGAUACAAACAAUAUUAUUAUCCUCUUCCCACAAGCGGUGACGGAUAAUUCAUUGCAUACAAUUUGGGGAGGAAUGUUGCUUCCUAAUACAAAUGCAUGCUGGGACUGGGUUGGCUGGUAUGGUCAAGACGCUGAUCAGAAGGGAGGAGUCCAGAUAGCUGCAAUUGUCAACCAAGUCAAGCAAAUCAUCAGUGGUUAUCAAAGCAAGAAAUGA